AUGGACCUCAAGACUUUCUCUCAUGAAGGCAAAUGGCGAUAUGGAAUCAUGGAUGAAGCGCUGUUGCGGAUCGCAUUGUCGAGCCUAAUAGUCAACUUCACCGAGGAAGGAGCUCGUAGCGACUCAGGAAUGCGAAAUCGGCUCGUUUUAUCGGAACCGCAAAAUUCAACCUGCGCCUUGCACGGGGCCUGCGCAAAAUAUGCAGGUGCCAGGCAGGUGUGUGGAGCCAAGGCUCCGGAUGCGCGUGUGUUCGCUUUGGUAUAUAGGCAAGAACGUCCGAAGAGAUAUGCUUUCAUGUCUUCCUCUCCGGAGCUCGAUGCCCUCGCGAGUGGGGCAUACCACCUCCUCGCUGGGAAGUACUUCCAGCUGGCGGGGUUCGUGAUGUUGGUUUACGAUCACAUCCUGACGUUCGACCAGGAGGUGAAUCGGAUCUGGAAGCAGAAGUUUUCGGGCGCAGCGCUGCUGUUCUUCAUCAACCGUUAUUUGACACCUCUCCAGUUCAUCAUAAUUCUUAAUGCGUUUCAUGAUCCCAUAUGGACGACGGAGGCGUGCAAUAAUUUCGUAAUUUUUGAAGGAGCGUCGACGGUGUCUUUGGUCGCUGUUUGCCAGUUGAUCAUGAUUCUGCGGGUCUACGCCCUCUGGAGUCGUUCACUCCCCAUCCUGGUCUUUUUAUUGGUUCUAUGGGCAGCACAGAUUGCUGUAUCGGUGGUCGGGCUGAGAACGGGGUUCCCCGUCCCUCUACCGCCUAUCCUGACGGGAUGCAUCCUGACGGGCAGAGGCGCCGUAUUCCCUUCUCUCUGGGUCGCCCCACUCGUAACGGACUCCUGCAUCUUCAUUCUGACAAUCUGGCGUACGCGUGAAUACCUGCGGGAUUCUGGAAAGGCUCCGACGAUCCACGUCUUCGUCCGCGAUGGCGCGUUGUACUUCUUUACCAUAUUCAUGGCGAAUCUAAUGAACACGCUCAUCUUCUUCCUGGCCGAAGACGACCUCAAAGCCAUCGGUGCCUCGUUCAGUCAACUCAUCACAGCGGUGAUGGUCUCCCGCCUCGUUCUCAACCUCCGCUCGUCCGCAUCUAUCACACGCUACUCUACCUCAGCGGCGUCGGCAUACGACAGCCACCCUGGCCGCAUGAAUGCGCAGGCGCAGGAUACAUUCAUGACGCGUACGCUGGGGAACCUUGGGGAGGACCUCGAUGUGCAGGAUGACGAGGAGAAGAGCGAGAGGGAGAAGGAUAUCAGGAUGUUUAGGAUCUCGAAGGGGAGGGUUGACGUGCCUACAGUGCUCUGA